AUGGCGCCUCCUCUCGAAAUCUCCAUCCCAACAACCACCAUCUCGACCCCCACCUCCUCCCCCCCCUACGCCCUCUACAACAUCACUCUCCGCCUCCCCCUCCGCACCUUCAUCGUUCAAAAGCGCUACUCCGAAUUCGUCGCCCUCGACACAGCUCUCAAAGCCCAACUCCCAACCCCGCCACCCAUCCCGCUCCCCUCCAAAUCCUGGCCCUUACCCUUCAUGCGCACCUCCACCAACCCCACCCUCAUCGAAGAGCGCCGCGCGGGGCUAGCAACAUACCUCCGCGCCAUCGCCGAGACGCCCGACCCCCAGUGGCGCGGUACCAGCGUCUGGCGCACGUUCCUGAACCUACCGUCCUCGGCGGCAAGCCAGUCCAGCAGUCGCUCUGCGAAGGCACAUGCGGACAUUACGGGUAUCUCGGACCUGAAUGGGGGAGGGGCGAAUUUGGAUCCAGCGGCUUGGUUGGAUGUGUUGAGAGAGAUGAAGGCGAGGUUGCAUGAGGCGAGGUUGUGGUUGGGGAAGAGGGAUGGGGCGACGACGAGCCAGGCGCAGCAUGAGGCGAGUGCGGGUGCGAAGAAGUGUCUUGUCAAGGCGGGGUUGCUGGUGCAGACGCUGGAGGAGGGGUUGAAGGCGCUUGCGGGGGCGAGGGGGCUGGGUGAGGGCGAGUUGAGGAGGAGGAGGGAUUUGGUGAAUAGUGCGAAGGUGGAGAAGGAGGGUUUGGAGAAGUUGGCGGCGAGUUUGGCGUUGAAGGGGAAUACGGGUGGGUCGUCGGCGGCAGGGGGUGGGAGUUCAGUGGCGGCAAGCUCGGCGGAUAGGACGGAGUUGUUUGGGGGAGGGGCUUCGAGGCCGAAGGGGAGGGUGUUGGGUGCACCGGCACAGGAGACGGAGAGGACGAGGGAGCUGGAUAAUGAGGGGGUGGUGCAGCUACAGAAGCAGAUGAUGCAGGAACAGGAUCUGGAUCUGGUUGAGCUGGCUAAGAUUGUGAGGAGCCAGAAGGAGAUGGGCAUUGCGAUCAGUGAUGAGCUGGAGCUCCAGAAUGAGAUGCUGACUAGGGUGGAUGACGAUGUCACACGGGUUGGGGGGAAGCUUGAGAUUGCUAAGAAGCGUACUGGCAAGAUUAGGUGAUGUAGAAUGGGAAGCUGGUUACCGGUGUUUUCAUAUACUAGGUGUGUAUUAUAUAUUUAUUACUGGGUGUUGUACAAUAUAAGACGUUGUUUACCCUUAUCUAGAGGUUGGAAGUUUCUCCCUCUCUG